CAUGUGAGAGCGUUCGGGAGUGGGGAGGCGGGCUACAUGAGACUUUCGGCAACCGCUGCUGCCUGGUAGGCGAAGUUCGCAAUGAAACAUGCUUUGUCCGGGUCUGCCAAGUUCGCAUCGUAGCUGUCGACGUUGAAGAUCACGGAGCCUGCGUUGCGACUCAUCACAUCUCCUUGUGCCUUCAGUUAUUUUCUCGUCGUGGACUUGUGUCUGUCUGAGCUUUCUUGAAUUCCGUGCGCGAUAAAUAUUCGUUAGUGCCCCGACUUCUUAUCUGUUACGUAAACAAGUGCCAGCGAGUGACGAUCUCAGCAGAUGUUAAGCGAAGCGUCAACUACAACGGAAAAGAAAGAAGCUGCAAGAGACGAAUAUGAUUCACGAAUCUGCAAAUAACUAUACAUCAGUGUGAGCCCAUAGUGAAAAAAAAUUGCUUUCUAUCUAUAAUCUUCCACAAAAUUGCUGCAGGCUACAAAGCUUAAAAUCUGUUGUACCUAUGCGUAUUCGGAACAAAGACGGACAGCGUGAGUGGUGAAUAACUUCAGAACUGCUAUUUUAUUAGUUGUGACUUUCGUAAUGGUAAAACAGGAAGUGAUAUUCUGAAAAUGCGCAUUACAGGAAAGAUCUGUUUUAACCUAACACUAUAAACGAGGUACAGUCUGAACAAGAGCGCAGUUUAUGGAGAUACUCGCUAGACCUUCGUUAUAAGUAUCUGAAAGAGCGAUCUAUUGGUAGAGAAAAUAAUUCGCCUGAAUAUUUAGUCAUGUCUCUACGUCUAGUUUGCAAGACUUCACGGAAGAGUGGCUUGGCGACAGUGAAGUGGAUGAAUAUUCCUCUCAAUUUGCGAAACACAACUGAGAAUUUCAAAUAAAUGUAGUUGCUGUUUUGUGACCUAGUAGAAGACACAACUUCGCCUCCAAAGACAUUUCUGGAUAUUUUUUACCCACUGCGGUGUGUAGUACGUAACUCUUCCAUGUGCUUGAUUAAACGUCUUCGUAAGUAAUACUGCAGUGCAUCCCAAAGCCAUCGCAAUCGAAGACAUUUUUGACUGGCAGGUGAAUAUACGUAAUGAUGGCAGAAACACAGCACUUUUGCCUGCGUUGGAACAAUUAUCAGAGUAGCAUAACAUCGGCUUUUGAAAACCUUCGUGAUGACGAGGAUUUUGUCGAUGUGACACUAGCAUGUGAUGGAAAGAGUCUGAAGGCACACCGUGUUGUCCUCUCAGCAUGCAGCCCGUAUUUUAGAGAACUCCUUAAGAGUACUCCUUGCAAGCACCCAGUGAUAGUCCUCCAGGAUGUGGCAUUUGCGGAUCUCCAUGCCCUUGUUGAAUUUAUCUACCACGGGGAAGUAAAUGUGCACCAGCGCAAUCUCAGCUCCUUUCUAAAAACUGCUGAAGUUUUAAGAGUUAGUGGACUUACGCAGCAAGCAGAUGAAAGAGAAGAGGUGCCAGUUCCACCACACAGCUCGUUCCCACGCAAUGCCCUGCACCACAGUCUCAUGGAUGACACUUUCUUCACCUCCCCACACUCGCCACCAGUACACUCGACUCCCACCGGUGUUCCAGUCAACCAGUUGCUGCGAAGAGCUGCCAUGGCAGGUGGAGGCGGUGCCAUCACAGGUUUUGGGAGGCGGGAGAGGCGGAUGUCUCCAGAUCAUCAGCACCACAAUUUACAGGAUCCAUCGGCCGAUCAGUCACAGAUUCCGAUAACGAACAAACGGGCACGCACUUCUGAACCCACUACCGAAACAGCUCCAUGCCCCAGCCAACAGCAGCAACCAUCUCCAGCCGAUUUCUCGACUUCCAAUUUUCCUUCUGGCAAGCAGUCACACCAGGGAAACAUAAAGAUGGAGGCAGAGGGUAACGGUGGUAACGAGCGCGAAACUUCGCCCUCACCAAAUGGCAGGAAUGUGAUGGACGGUGUCAAGUCGGAGCCUGCUGAACAUUGUGGCACAGGAGGAGAUGUGGAGAACAGCACUGACUCUGUAGAACAGGCUGAUGAGACCCGCCAGCAGCAAACAAAAGGCGAACAAGAUGACCAUGACAGUGUUCAAGGACAGCCACCUUCCUAUCUCUCUGCUGCUGAAAGCAAACUCUUUGGUUCCAUUACCUCUGCUGGUAGCUUCAACUUCAGCAUGGCAGCACUUGCAGCAGAUCCAAUUACAGGCAUCGGCGGCCAGCCAUUACAAGGAAAUACAGAAACUCCUCCAGGCACUUCUUCACAAGGUGGCAGCAGUGGAGGUGGCACGGGCUCACAAGUCCAGCAGUUCCGCAUUCCCCCGCCAACGGCGGGUGGCAUCAACGAGCCGCAGGAGUGCCCCUACUGCCGCCGCACCUUUUCGUGCUACUAUUCCCUCAAGCGACACUUCCAGGACAAACACGAACGCUCGGACCAGCUGUACGUGUGCGAAUUCUGCCAGCGCCGCUACCGCACCAAGAACAGCCUGACGACACACAAGAGCCUGCAGCACCGUGGCUCCAGCGGCAUGCUGAAGCGCUUCCUCAAGACCUCCUCAGCCCUCCACGGCAUUCUGGCUGUCACGCCACCCCCGCCGCACCUUGCACAGUAGCGGGCUGCGCCCUGAGCUCGUGUAGGCGCCUCGUUAACAUGCUGCUGGUCGAGAAGGGAAAUUUUUUUUUCUUCAUUUAUUAUUUUCUUUUUUGAGGAACUGGAAGAUGGAAUAUUGUUGUCCCUUGUUACAUUUGUUGCCACCGAGUUAAUAUGUGUUCUUCUUUUUUAAACUUUCAUACAUUUCGUCAGUUCCCACAUUGUAAAUCGUCAUCCUCAGGUUGUGGUUGUUGUCUAUUUUUGCGUCAUGUGUAAAUGUAAAAUAUUACAUUCUUGUGAAGAUUUCUCAGUAUUGUUCGUGAGAACAAAAUUUGGAACUGUAGUAGUAUGCUUGAAGGUGUUUGUUUGCCAGUAUUUUAUUAUCGGGUGAUGGGAUGACCGACCACUUGUACGCUCUGUACUUAAAGUGUGUUACAAUAUUUUUGAAACUGAUGCUAUUUGUGAACAAGGGAUUGUAAAAGAGCAAACUGAGGUAGUUCAAAUGUAAGGAAGGUGACUGGAGAAAAAGAUUUGGCAUUGGAUUGUGAAAUUUUGAUUUAUUGCGAAUAUUAGAGCCAGAAGGUCAAGUAUGGGUAAGUGUUAUAUCGAUCUUAUCAGGUAAAGCUGGAUCUGGUGGGACUGUCAAAAUUACAUUUCAUUAAUUUCAUUUAUAUUUACAGUACAUGUGGAAAAAGUCUGCAGUUAUGGAAAGAUAUAGUCAGCACACAAGCUGUUGAAUCUGUGAAGCACCCGAUUAAACAUAAUCCAUUGUCAUUUUUUGUCACUAAUUUUAAAUAGUCAAUCAUUGUAAGUGCCAUUACUGUGGCUUAAUAGCAUUAGCAGUUCAGUACCUUAAUGAUUUCCAAACUGAUUUCAUUGGUCUUUUAAUAGGUGUUCUAUAUCAUUGUGAUUGCUGUCUCCAUUAUAAGUCGUUUAUGAAAUGUUCUUUAUAAUUUCUUUCAUUGAGAUCUCUUCCGUUCUUCCUUGGUGAUUCUUUAUUGAGAACUUAAUUUGAAGUGCAAAUUUAUUCAAAAAAGUUAAUCUUCUUGAUCCUAGAUGAUAUUUAUAUGAACUUUCAUCUUCCAGGCGAGACAGGACAGAUUCAGAGGAAAGUGACUUCUCAGUUUAGGCAUGAAAACCUAGAUUUGCUUGAAGAUUUUAGCAGUUCUUCACUUGCAAUAAUUCUUUGUGUGGAACUGCCUGACAUGAUGAUCUUGAAUCUUAGACCACACAUUGAUUGGUAUCCAUUAUUGUUUUUCGCACUUAACAAUGACAGCAGCUAGUGGGUACUGUCUAAGGUAAACCCUGCACCACUACCACAUCUGGAUGAAUGUGUCAUAGUCACAACAUUUAUGAUACUUGUGAUUUGUCGCCCAUGCUGUGCAAAAAUCUCAACACACACGCGCACCCACUCACCAACCUCUAAAAGUUGGAUAUUUUAGAGCAGCAGCAUUUUAAACGUAUCAUUAUGCGUGUAAAUGUAAUUGCCUGUUGAUAUUAUUCUUCGUUUUUCCCUGUAAUGACAAAGUGUUUAGAUAAUGUCAUCUACAAGCAGUUUUUUUUACUAUCAAAGCUUUAAUGCCAUGGCUAUUAAUAAUUAUUGCCUUUGUAAUUUAGAGCGAUAAAGAAUACAUGCAGUUGUUAGAGAUUGGUGUAGGUUUCUGCUGAUACAUUGAUCUCAUUCAGUUGAUACAGAAUUCAAUGAAAAACCAGACACACAUUGUAUUACUUUGAGGGGUCAUAGUGGAUUUAAGGAGUUACAAUUAAUUGUUGUAUUAACCAGCUUAAUUAUCUCUAAUAGCCUAAUCUUUGAGGAAAAUUCGAGCUCUAACCUUUUUUCUUUAUAAAAGUACAAGUUUUUAGUUUGACCUCAUGUAGAGGUUGUUGCAUUUUCUGUAACGGUUCUGUAUUGUGUUGGCUGUUAUUUACAUUUGAGUUCUGUGUAUGCACAGUUCUACAAUACGAGCACAGCUUUGUUGUGUACCACUGUUCUUUCUACUAGUAAUUACCACAAUGAGGAAAUUUCCAAAAAUUGGUAAUAACAGUAGAAGACAGAAAACACACGGGUGAAGCAUGAUGGAAUACUGUCCGAGAUAUGAGUUCUCUUGGAAAUCUUUUAUUCCAUACGCAUAGGCAAUGAUAUUUAUUUUGCACAAUUUUGUCGUGACAAAACCAAAAAUUCCGUGAUGUUAUUUGCUACUAAUAACUGUAACAAUUUCAGUUAAUUGUGACUAAAAUUAUGUGGAAUUGCUGUCACUGUAUCAGUGAUUCGUUUAUUGUUGAGUGAAUUGUUUCAGAACUAUUUAAUUUGAUUCUCUAUUAGGUUUGUUGAACAAUGCACUGUAUUGAGUGAAAGCAACAAAACACUUGCUAAUCUACAGCUCUUAAAUGAGCUGCUCAUCAUGAAUCAACAUAAUGAGAGUGUAAUCAUUUGACAGUUCCAUCAGUGAUCCUUAUUUUCACCAGUGGAUUAGAAUUGUUUUGGCAGGGGAAGGCAGUAUCUGUUUACGGUACUGCAAGAGAUCAGAACUGCUGAGGUAGAAUGACGACGUCUCAGAACUAGAAGACCUGUUUGCAUUGCUGGAUAAUCUGAAUUAAAUUUUAUUCGUGACGUUAAAUGUAGGGAAGGACAAUAAAGAAUCAUUUGCUUAAUGAACUUUGGUUACAGACCGAUGGACAAAAUUCGGUGUGAAAAACUGAAAAUUACCUCAAUUAAAACUGCAGUGGGAGCUUGCACUGAGCAAGUAACAUAUUUAAAACAAACCGAUAAUUCUGAAAAGUACAAAAUAUGAUAAAUAUUGCUCAUUGGUGUACAAAACUGUAAUUUUUUGAUUAAAGUUUACUUAUAAUUUUGUCUUCAUAAGUAACUAAAUAUAUAUGAUUAAAAUUUUAAAUCUAAAGUAGUUGUAAGUUUUUGACUGAGGAAAAUCAGGUAUUUAAUUCAGAUUUUUCUAAGCACAGUACUAUUUUCAGAGACUCGUCACACUAUUCGCAAAAGUUUGUUGUGGCUAAAUAAAUAAUUAUCCUACGUACAUAUCUACUGCCAUCUCAGCUGCCACCUCAGUGACACUACAAGUACAAAAUAUACAUUAUUUUUAAGUAGCAUAUUUUCAAUUUGUGAGUGCAUGUUACAUGUAAUGGUUUUAUGUAUACUAUUGAAAAGGAUCCUAUUAUGUAAAAUCAGCAUUUAUACAUCCUAAUAUUGAAUUUGCUUGAUGAAGGUAUUUACUCAUGUUGAAGCAAAAAUUAAUCCCAUCUCUCCCUCCCUCCCUCCCUCUCCCUCCCACUCACCCCCUCCUCCCACUUUCCAAAAAGAAUGCACCUUAAACAAGAAAUAGUUCAAAUUUUGAUAAAUCUGACAAUUUUAGCUGUCUUUAAGAAACACCUUUCACUUCCACUUCAAACACUUUUCCCAUUUGCACUUUAAGUUAACAUUAUCAGUCAGAUGUCUAUAAUCAAAAUUUGUUGUUGUAAUAAAUUUAGACUGAUUCAGAUAUUCACCAGCUUGUUGAAGCUGUGAAUAACAUGCAGAUACAUGCACAAAAUCAGUACCCCUUGCUCAUUAAACUUUCAAACCGACAAUGUGGACUGCUCUCAUACAUAACACAGAUUUAUUCUUUGCUAUAAAAGCAUAAUGAAUAUUAUAAUCACAAUUUAAACAUGAUGUCAACUGUUCCUUUGCAUUAUAAUACUUAUAAGAGCAUUUCAAUAAAUGGAGAAUUUUUGCUGCUCUUUCCUGCAUUUCAUUUUGGGCUUUGUAUGUUUUACUGUGGUCACAGUAAAUACCUCAUCAGUAAAUGAUAUACUUGGAUACCAUGGCAAAUACUGCCAUUUGUCUUGAAAUCCUGUUAUUGAAACACCUCAACACCUUUAUAAAUUGCCAUGUAAAGGCCACAAAAUAUUUAUUUUAAAAUCAUUGUUAAGCUUGUGGGUAACACUGGGUGUUUUUCGUUAUUAAAUAGAUGAUUAGAAGGCUAGGGUAGACUAUAGACAUACAGAAUAUUUGUAAAAUGGUGUAAAUUUUUAUUUGUUAUUGUAAGCAACAUAUUUACGGUAAAAGCACUGAACGUGUUGUCCCAAGGAUAAUAAUUUUGACGGAAAUCAUUUUUUAAAUAACCUUUAUAAGUGUUUCCUUUCAAUUAUACUACGCCUACAAAUUCCUAUUGUGUUAAUGAAGCUGCCAGUAUCAAUGUUUCAUUAAAUCAUCCUAAUGGAAAGAAAUUUUACAAAAGUAUUGAGCCCCACAGUCUAGCCUUUCAAAAGUACAAAAAUACUGUAGUGUUUCUAUAAUAUUUUGAAUGACCUCCUCAGUGUUGAAAUUGCAAAGUUAAAGAACAGAUAAGACUUUCUUCAGGAGAGUGCAGCAAAGUUUAUUUCAGAGCAGUGGGUGCAGAUAAAGAACACAAAAGUGAAAAAAAAAUUCUGAACUAUAAUCAAAUUAAAACUGUGUUUAUCAGACACUGUAGCAUGCUAUAUUUCAUAUUUUGAAAAUGUUUUGUAUUUUUGUUGUUUUUUUUUUUUUUUCAAAUCCUCUCUCUGAGGAAUUCUAACAGUAUUUUAAAAAAUUGUUAUAUUUUGCAUUUGCCUUGAGCCAAGCUGUACUCUUCACAGAAGAAUGUAUUGUGUGAAUGUGACUACUGUAAUGUAGGCUUACUCAUUUUCAGAGGAAAAAAGUGAAGUGUAAUUUAAAUUGAAUCUGUCUUAUUGACAGCUUACUCAAUAUUUAAGAUUUUAAUUUUACACUGAACUGUGUCAGGCAGCAAGAACACUUAGAGCUGUACAAAUCCACCUGUAUACGUGUGCAUAUGCAUCAGUAAUCAUGCUUAGAUAUCUCCAAGUACUUUUUACUAACUUGUUCAGCCUUCAUGUCAGAAACAGCUGAGACAGAUGUGAAGUGAUUUAUAAAUAUUUUUAUAGCUGUUCUCUUCAGUAAUAACAAAUGCCUCCAAUAGGAAACAGAACUCAGGUUUGGCAUGCACAAAUGUUGCAUGUCAUGACAUGCAGAUGUCGCAUCAACUUCCACUUUAUCACUCAGGAGAUUUUUGUGUGUGUGAUUUCAUCUAGUGUUCUGAAUCAGACAUUAGAAGAUAUGUUUUAUGCCAUUGUCUGAAUGGAUGUCUUUAUUAGAAAUGAUCAUAACAAACAGGCCUCAGCCUGUACAGCUUUUUGCGCUGACUGUGGAGUACAAAGCCUGUUCCUCGCAGGCUACAGUAGUUAUGUCGCUAGUCUUGUGCUUAAGACACUUUACAGUAAAUGAGUGAAUGGUGUUGUACGGACCUACAAAUUUGCACUGUGUCAUUAUUAAUUGGCACUCUGGUGCGAGCAGUGAGAUUUCAGUAAUAGAUAUACCCCCGAUUCCUAUUUAUCACUUCUUCAGUUAAUCAGUAAUUUCAGAAAAGAAAUAUAUGCUAGACUUUUAUUGUAGACUUAGAAAAGGUGAAAAGGAAUGAAAAAAAUAUGGGCCAGUGUGACUUUCUCUCAUCUUCUUUCUUCUACUUACUAUUUUUCUUGUUAAGUGUUUCUCCACAAGAAGUCACAUUCUGGCUGCAGUUUAUUUAAGCCAUAUUAGUAUUUAACUGAGAUAACGCAGGUAUAUUUCUCAUCAAGAAAUAAAGAAGUCACAUGAAGCAUGUACCUGCAACAUUCGCCUGCAGGUUUGAUGCUUUUUGUAUUCUAUGAAGCUUCUUUAAUAGUGCAGGUAACUUUCCUGACACUUCUCUUGGUAAGUGCCGUGACUGUGAAUAAAUUUAAAUUGUUGUUUUAUGUACAGUAUUUAAAAUGAGUAUUAAUUUUUAAAAGUGUAAUGUAUGUUAUUUAUAUAGUAGACGUUAACAUUGUAUGUGCACUAUGCGUUAUCUAAUCACUGUGGGAAGAGCUGUUUGAAAAUAUUGAGGUCCUGAUGUAUCUGAAGUAUGUGCAGAUCUCAUCUGUAAUUUUUGUGUAUGACAGUGUGACUUUUAUUCUCUUUGUGAUCUGUCAUAGUGUUUCUGAAAAUGUGUGUUAAUUAGGGAUAUACUUCACAGCACUUCAGUACAAACUGAUCAGCUCUUCCUGUCAUUUACGUGUGCAUUCCGCUAUUGUAUCUUGCAAGCAUUACAUAUUAGGUGUAAAGCUUUUAGGUGAUUGAAGAUGUGUUGUGCCCAAAACCAGUAUUUCUUGAAUUUUUAUAAUCCAACACUUUGUUGAACUGAGAUUCCCUUUGUAACCUUCCGUAGCUUGGCUGCUGUUUGUAGUGUGUAAAAUUGGCUUUCUACCAUUAUCUUGUUCAGUGGUUUAUAUCAGUAACAAAAGAGGUUUCAACAUUUCAAUUUCACAGCCAAUUCAUUGAUUUUCUGACUUUUGUUGAUGUUUAUAUCUGCAUGUUUAUUAGAAUAUGUCUGAAAUGUGUUAUUACAUCAAAAUUCAAAUUUGUGAUAAAUAUGUACCAAAGAAUUGCAUUUAUAUUGUUCCAAAAUUUGUCGUGACCUCUUUUCAAUAUAUAUAUGAAAUCACUAUAGACUAAUGUUCAUGCUCACAUGGAAACCAAAAUAUGAGAAGCACUUAAAGUUUAUAUGCUACAUGAACAUAAUUGUAUGCAAUGCAAUAUUUGAGUGACUGCCAAAUCCCCUUGAAAUUUUAAUUGCAUUUCUUUAUUUGAUUAUUUUAAAAGGGAUGUCUGGUAUUAUAAUACAUUAGUUUUGGUUCUCAUUCCAAAACAAGUAAUGGAAUUGUUGGUUUCAUAGUAGCACUUUUAAAAAUCUGUGCCCCUGAAAACCAAUUUAAAUGUUCCAGACACAAGUCUAGUACUAUGGACAAUCACUCUAGUUGGAAAUAUAAUUUCAGGGAGACUUAUUCUGCGUAAUUCAGAAAAUUUUGUUGUGCAUAUUCUAUUCAAAAGCCCCUUUUCACGUGGUUAAUUUAAACCUGGAAUUAGUUGAAAGUUGACUGAUCAGCAAAAUACACUUUCGGUCUCUGGAUGUGCUGAAUAGUUCUCAGUUUUCCAGCUAAGGUGUAUUGUGUUUGCUAAGUGCCAUCUACACUUCAGUGUGAUGGAUAUGAGACAUCAUUGAGAUGUCCCAAAAACUUGUCUCGUAUUGCUGGAAUAGUGACAAGUAUUUCUCAGUUGACCACUUUUCUCAUGUCUUGUUAGUUAGUUAGCUGGCAGUGAAUUCACGAAAACCAUACACACUGCACAAACAAAAAACUAAUACUUCAUAAAAUCAAAGCAUUUUUACAGUUGAAGUCUAUACAAGAAAAAUAGUAUGAUCAGAUAAUAUUAUAGGCAAGUCAUAAGUAAAAAAGAAUUAUCUAUUCUCACCAGUGAAUUCUGACUAUUCUUAUUAGAAGUGCCUGUAGGAUAUGUUUGAAGGUAUGACAAGUGGAAGAGUGGUCACAGACAGUGUUAAUGCUGGGGAAGGUGCAAAAUGUGGCUGUUUGAUUGGUUCUUUACAUGUUAAUUGGUUAAUACAUUAACAGUCUGCUGUAGAACUAUCAAAAUAGUCCUGAUUUCAGCAUUAAGAAAAACUGUGGCUCAUGUUUGAAAGAAACCUACAGAAUAAUGUCUCAGUAUGCCACAGGCAUCCUAUUUAACACGCUAAGUACUAUAAUAUAACUGGAUAGAUAAAAAAUCUACUCACCAAUCAGUGGCAGGAGAAGACACAUACGACACAUAUAAAAGUUAAGGAAAUGUGAAAGCUUUCGGAGCCAGUGGCUCCUUCUGGUUGAAAGGUUGAGGGAGAAGGGAGAGGGAUGAAGGAAAAGGACUGGUGAGGUUUAGGAAAUAGGGAGAAUUACAGAAAAGUCACCCGAAAAUCUAGGUCAGGGUAGACUUUCCAGAUGGUAUGAGAGGAAAAGACAUUGUUGGCGUCUGCUCUGGAUGACAUUUGAAAAUCUGAGAUGGUAAAGGUGGAACAUAGGGCAAUAAGCAAGACUGAGAUUACUGUCAAAACAUCUUGCAAGAGUUAAUAACAGCAGAAAGCAAAGUGCAUUGUACAUGUUAGACACAAGGUGAGAUAGGACAGAAAGUAAAAGAUAUAGAAAACCAAAAGGGAGUAAAGAAAUGAAUAGUUAUUGAAAAAAUGUUCAGACCAAAGAAAUAAACGGAACUGGGAACAGGUAUUACAAAAUGUCCUGGGUUCUCACUAUUAUCCUGGCCUUAAUUUACGUCACAUACACCAACGCACUCAUGUUUAACGUGUAUAAUGCACAUAGCUGUCUGCCCUUGUUAACUCUUGCACAAUGUUUAGUCAGUAUCCUUUGUCUUGCUUAUUACCAUAUCUUCCAUCUUUAAGCUCUCAUGUUUUCAAAUCCUGUCCAGUGCAGUCCCCAACAAUCAGUUUUUCUUUCUCAUCCCACAUGGUCUCUCUCCCUUGACGCAGGUUUUGGAUGAAUUUGCCAUAACUCUCCCAUUUCCUAAAACUCGCCAGUCCUUUUUUUUUCCUUGUCCCUCUUCCUCCCCUCCCAUCCUUCUGCCAACAUGAGCCACUGGCUCCAAAAGCUUGCACAUUUCCUUAAUUUCAUCUGUGUUUUCUCCUGACACUGUGUGAUGAGUAUCUUUUACGUAUCCCAUUAUACCAUAUUUUCAAAAAUUGAUUCUUUUGUCAAUACAUAUUAGACACUUUUAAUUAAGAUGUAACUUCACAUAUUACUAUCACAAAAAAAUAUUUCCCUGUUUAUUACAGUUGAUAAAAAAUUAGAAAAUUGCAAACAAUAACAGUUGCUCAAAUUUUGUGUAUUGCGUGCAUUGUACUGUACAUGAAGUAUAUUAAUGUUUUCAUUCCUGCAUUAGAAGAGAAAUGCUGAAAAAAUUUCUUGGUAUUGUUUCCUGUUAUUUUUAUGUGACUACUACUAUAUUUUCUCAUAUUCUUUGUUCCAUUAUUGUAGCAAGUAAUUGUGGUUUUAGUUCCAAGACUUUGUAACCAUUCAAACUGGUAGUAACAUUUCCUAUCAUCUUUUGAGUAUUUUUACAGUAGUAGAAGUAAAAUUACACCAUAUUUACUAAUGUAUAUUAAAUAUUUUUUCAUGUGUCAGUUCUAGAAAAGAUUAUUAAUUAGCAAUGGAGGUUGUAAUUGUGUCCUUACAAAUACGAUUUUACAUAAAAUUGUGUGGGUGUGUUUCUAUGUGUAUAGAAUAUUUAUCAUUCGUGAAGGAUAGCUCAGGGUUACCUGUUUGCAACAGGACUUCUGACACAAUAUUUCACUUGACAUGUGAAAAAGCUCGCAUACCGUCCGAAGCAGAGUGUUGAUGUUAUUUUCCCCCCUUUCCAUAACUGUCAUACUUUCCUUUCUUGUUUCAUUUUCGAUUUAAACUGAAGCUUGCCUUGUUUUCUGGAACAAGUGAUUUCAGGACAUAAGCACUCUGGUUGGCAUAACAGACUGAAUAAUGUGUGAUAGGGUCUGUUGAUGUCCUGUUGAGUAGAAAUUCUUUUAACGUUGCAAGUGUACAAGUGUUUUCAUGAGCAGUUUGGCAAGGAGCACUUGUGUUUAAAUACAAAACUUAUUCCAACACAUUACAUUUCUCCGCUAGAGAGCAGUUUAGUAGUAUUGGAAGACAGCCAGUCAAUUACAUAAAAAAAGUUAUUUUUAUCUGAAAACAUGAACGUUUAAUUGCAAUGCCAGAAGAUAAACUUUAUUACUUCGUGUAAUGCAGACAGUGGAGAUCUGCCUCUGACAGUAUGCCUUAAAAUUCUGUCUUGGCCGCAUAAUAAUUGUAAAAUCUUAUUGUCCUCAAGUUCUGAUAAGUAAUGCAAUUGUUGUUCAAUGCGUUGGUAAAUGUGUAUGCAACUGGUAUGUACGUUUAAAAGUAGCUUCGCCAACACAGCUCAAUCAUUAAGGAAAAUUAAAUCCAUAACUGUGUUGUAUCUCACUGGAAGUCAUGUGAUCUGUAUGUGUUCAGAAUCAUUUGUCAUGUUGUUAAGGUUGUAAGUACAAAUAUUAGCUCGAGAAUCAUACUAUUUCUUCAGCAUGUCACACUGUAGUAACAUAUCAUUGGCUUAUGAUGGUGAAUCUGUUUCCUUCAACCUUCAAACAAUAACAUUCAUUUUUUACACCUCUUUAGUUGUAAAUGCAAGUAAAUAAGAAUUGUCUGUUUCAUGUAAGGAAAUGGCCAUAGGUAUGUAAGUGAGAAAAAGAUUCAUACAGUUACUAUUAGGUUCUCAAGAAUGAAUGGUUUUUCCAUAUUAGUGCUAAGGGCAAGGCUUGACAUUAAGAUUGCAUGUGAAACUUGAUGUUUGCAAAGACUUUGUGACUAAUGAAAAUAUUGAUUGAAAGUUACAAUUUGGUGUUUGGUAUUGCCACACUGUGCAAAACUGCAUUGCAGAAAAUUAUAACUGUUGUUAUUGCAGAUGAUGGUUAGAAUGUGUAACUUUGAAUAUUUAAGGGUAUUAAGGGUUAAUUUAGUUUAAACAAAGCCUUCCACAAAGAACUGUAGGUAUUCCAGUAGGUUUAUAAGUUUUCUAUUGUAAAUAUAUGAAAGUUGAAUGAUAUGAUUGUAUGAUGAAAAUAUUUAUGUUUUUAGAUAAAUAAGUUUGUUGGGUCCCAGUUUUGAUAAAUUCAGUUACAGAUAUACUUCAUUUAUUUUUAUAAACAAUUUUAUUUUUUGUUAACAAAGCGGUCAACAGUUUGAGACAAGACUAUGUACGCAAUGACAAAUGUUACAUUAGUUUUUUACCUCUCUUAUUGUUCGUUAAAUUGUUAAUGUAUUUCCUCAGAUGCACAGAUUUAAUAUACUCGAUAAGCAGAAUAUAUUCCAUUAAAAAUUAAGCCUUCGAAUAUCAGAAUUGUGGCUCAGCAACCUAAUUUAAUAUAUAAGUAGUUUGUCACAAGAUACGGAGGCAGUUGAUGACACUGAGUCAUUAAUGUUAACCGUGUGCCAGUUUAUUUUGUAAUCGCACAACCAUAGACGUGUCGUUCCAACAAGAUGCCUUUCUGUCAGUACAAGUAAUGUGUUCUUCAACACUGAUGACCACUACAAAUAAUUCGGGUAUUAUUUUGUAUACCUCAUAGCAGACCAUAGUAAACCUCAUAACAGAUACCAGGUGCAUAUAUUCUCCUUUAAACAGUUGUUUUACUCAAGCAUUAUUUUGUUUUUUGAUAGAUAAAUUUAUACAGAAUAUAUUAAAAAUAAAAUAGGCAUAUCAGGAUAUUUAGCGCAAAGCGCAUUUUCACGUAGUGACUAUUGUAUCUUAAUAGUUGGUGUAACAAUAAAAAACAAAAGAAUAAAUAUCAAGUGUGUAAAAUUGA